AUGGGAAAGGCAGCGAAGGGAGGCAAGAAACUGCCCAGCGCGCCCCUUGCCGACAAGAAGAAGAAGGCGAAGAAGAACCCUCUCUUCGAGAAGGCUCCUCGAAGCUACCGGCUGGGUGGUGAUAUCCAGCCCAAGCGCGACCUGACACGCUUUGUGAAGUGGCCCAAGUACAUCAACUUGCAGCGGCAGAAGCGCAUCAUGCUGAUGCGGCUGAAGGUGCCGCCUGCCAUCAAUCAGUUCAGCAUGACCAUCGACAAGAACCAGGCUGCCAACGUGCUGAAGCUUUGCAAGAAGUACAUGCCAGAGACGAAAGUUGCAAAGAAGGCUAGGUUGAUGGAGAUGGCACAGCAGAAGAAGGAUGGGCAAGAGGUGAAGACCAAGAAACCGCAGGUCCUGAAGUAUGGCCUGAACCACGUGACCACCCUCGUGGAGAACAAGAUGGCAAAGCUUGUGAUUAUUGCCCAUGAUGUGGAGCCCAUCGAGCUGGUGUGCUGGCUCCCGGCUUUGUGCCGAAAGAAGGAUGUGCCCUACUGCAUCAUCAAGGGCAAGUCUCGCUUGGGUCAGUUGAUUCACCAGAAGACCUGCGCAUGCGUGGCGAUCACCUCGGUCAAGCCCGAGGACGAGAAGGAGUUGAAUAAUCUCGUGGGCAACUUCAAGGCGCAGUUCAACGACAAUGUGGAGGUGAAGAGGCGAUGGGGCGGAGGCAUCAUGGGCAUCAAGUCGCAGCACGUGACCCAGCGCCGGGAGCGCGCGAUUCAGGCCGAGAAGGCGAAGAAGCUGGGCCUGCAGAUCGCCUGA